AUGAAUUCGAACAGAAAAACGACACAUACUAUUCCAUCCGGUAAAACCUUUAUCCCCGAGAGCCCCGACAUCAGAGAUGUAGCUGCCUAUCCAAGCCCUCCAAAUUCGCCGCGUGAAAGAGAAGGUGUUCCUCUUACUACCUGUGAAGAUUUUGGUCAAAAGCUAGGCUCCUCUACAGCCGUCUUGUCGGCGAGCGCGGUCAAUCCCACCAACUCCCUGAACCAUGUCACUCGUUCGAGCACUCCAGAUGCAGAUCCGAGAGAUGAAACAGUACUGCCAGAAGCAUCAAACUUGAAAAGUCUCUUUGGUAUUGACGACUGGCGGUGUGGUGGCCUCACAAAAGAUCAGACGCCAUGCAGUCGCCCCGUAGCAAACAAGCUUCGUGACCGUAUUGAGAAUCACAUUGAUUCAAUGAUUGUGCGUCAUCCGUCAUCCCCUCAAUUUCAACUUGACUUGGAGAAGCUGGUCGAUCUUAUGCAUUGCCGCCAGCACAGACGCGGUUACGUAAAACAGAUGCGGCUGGAUACAUGGACAGACUCCUUACCUUCUGGACCUGGCCGGGCCCCACAUGGCACAUCAAUCGAAAGAAAAAUUGGACUUUGCUUUGGUCGAAUUAGUACUCAGUGCAUGGGAACUACUGGGGAAAACAAGCGCUGCAAUAAACCUAUUGGAGGGCAAAAGGCUCAAAAUUGCACCAAGACAAUCAAGAAAAUUACCAACGCCGACGUCUACUUAAACAAGAUAAGUUUGGACUACUUCCUUCGAGUUCUUUCGACAAAUAUGAAAUGUCAUCUUCAUACGAAGCAGAGCUCAUUGAAAGAGCUGGCAUCGUGGAAGGAAAGGAUUGAGGACGUCCUUGAAAGGGCAAGCUCGGUUCCUGAGCCAUUAAAGGAAAGCAACACCACAGUUGAUCCCCAAAGACAGGUGUUAAUCAAAAGCUCUCCGGCAACUCGCAAAUUUUUCACUGAACAAAAGCAUAUACUAUCCCCGGCAGGUUUGGAAGGAUAUUCAAAGCCAUACUCUAUAUCUGUCGGUUCCGUCAAGGAUCUGGUUACAUAUUGGUUGGACCAGUACGAUACGACACCUUUCGACAUCGUCGAAAGAAGUGAUAGGCCUGAUGAUCAUAGGGCUUCAUAUGAUGGUGUACGAAGCCAGAUGAAAAAGCAGUUGAGCGCAACUGAUCAAAAAAAUGGCUACCUUUACAUCUAUGAAGUUGAAGGAAAUAAAGGUUUUCUCAAGAUUGGGUACACCACGCGCACUAUUGAAAAGCGCCACGAGGAGUGGUGCUUUGACUGCAACCGAAAAUCAAACCCUUUGUUCCCAAUACCUGGGGUCAAUGCGGCGCUCGUUCCGAACGCCCGCCGUGUUGAGAAAUUAUGUCACGCGGAGUUGAAGCAUCGCCAAGUGAUUAUCUAUUGUCAGGGCUGUUUAAAAACACACGAAGAAUGGUUUGAGAUGUCACCCACGAAGGCCAUGGCAGUGAUUGAGAAAUGGUCUGCGUGGAUGAAAAAAGGGCCGUACGAACCCGAUCGGUUAUUGCUUAAGCAAGUGGAGGCACGGAAAGCUUCUGAUAUGGACAAGUACAUGGAUGCUUUAUAG